AUGUUUGAAGGAUUUCCAGAAGCAACAGGAAUUUACACAGAAGAUAUUCCUGAAGAAGACUAUGACAUGUUCAAUGAUCAAAAAGUCAAAGAAUUGGUACAAAAGGUCAACAAGCUGGAAAAAGAAAAGGCUAAAACAGAAUUAGAGCGUGAUAUCUUGAAGAAACAAGUUGAUCGAUUGAUGAAAGCUCAUGAUCAAAUUAGAGAAGCGUUGAUAGAGCAAGAAGAGACAAUGAACAAAAUGAAGGAUGAAGCUCAUGAUAAUUCUAAGUUGUUUAAAUUAUUGACAUUAGAGAUCUCCUCAUUGAAUAUCAAGAUAAAGAGCUUGGAAGGUGUGACUCAAACCCUCAAUCAGCUUCUCAGUGAAAUGAGUGAAGCGUCCUCAAAUGAAAUGAAGGCGAUGAAGUUAGAGAUGGAAGCCAUGAAGGCAGACAAGGUGGUGAAAGAUGAACAACUUCAUAUGUUAUACUCUGUCAUCGAAAGUCAUUUGAAGAUGGAUGUUCAUGCUGCAUUUAAUGAGAUAGAAGUGAAACGAGCUGAAGAAAGGAGGUUAGAACGUGAAAGACGUUUAGCUGAAGAAGCCACUCAAAGGAACAAAGGUGUGAUUGAGUACACUCAAGAAGCUGGUGGUUCAUCAAGUCAACCUGAUAUUGGUGGUUCAUCAUCACAUCAAGAUAUUGAAAUGGUUGAAGUUGCAGAAGUUCAUGAACAAGAAAUAAUUGAAGAUGAACAAGAAAUGGUUGAAGCUGAAGAAGUUCAGGAACCAGACUUCCUGAUUGUUGGUGAGUCUUCGGAACCUGUUGAUCUUGAAAAUAUCCUUAGAAGGGUUGAGGUUAUUCAAAGAAAGAGAAAGGCAAGAGAAGUGUUGCUACUAGAAUGGAAGACACAACAAUUUGUGCUGGUUGGUAAUGCUUAUCCUGUGCCAUACAAUGCAAAAGAAGUGGCUCGACUUCUAAAGUUUUAUGAUCUGAAAAGAAAGGGAAAGAUAGCUCGUGGAGUGAUAAUUGAUGAAGAUUCUGAUGAAGAGAUGUUUGGAGAUGAAGAAGAGGAAGAUGAAGAUAAUUUUGAUGAUAAAAUGGAUGAUAAGCCUGAUGAUGGUAAUGAUAAAGAUGAUAAAGGAGAUGAUGACAAUGAUCAAGGUGCUUCUGGGUUAUUAGUCAAAGAUCCAAUUGUUCAAGAAAGAAUAGAAGAGCUAUUGAAUGAAGAGAUUAAUGAGCAAGAGGAUGACGUACAGAAUGAAGCAUCAUCAUCUGGAAAACAACAUGUUGAUCAGAAAUGA